AUGGUCAUCGGCCUUCUCAUCCUCACCUCCAUUCCUACCGUGACAGGUGUCGCCCAAGCCAUCCAUGGCCAAAAGAAGCACAGAGAGCGCGAGAAAGAUGCAAAGCGCAUGCAGAAAUUCUACAUCGAUGUGCACUGUGAAACUCAGAGCUCAAGGACACGGGAAAUCCACGAGAAAAGACUUGUUUUGAGAGAUGACCGUGUUUGGAUAGGGCCGCAUGAAGCUUUGAAUCCGUGUAAAGAAGGGUAUGUCGUGGAAGCGUUCUAUAUCGAGUAUCCCGAUAACGAAAGAGUUCCCGUCCCCAUUGGUCUCGUCAGCCAAGUUCGGGACGAUCCUCCACUGUUGAACUGGAUAUAUGUGGACAAAGACACGAUGGAAGUGAAAUAUGGCAACAAAUCGGCAAGCAUAGAGCACCACGUCGGACCGUGGGAUUGGACGGAAGACGAAGAGAGUAUAACUUUUGAUGAAACUGAGGCGUUUGUGGCUGUCGAAGACCCCUCGACGCGGCAGUGGCAACUAUACUAUGACAUGGAUAAUGACGGACUCAGUCGUUACGUACCAAAAGGAAGACCGAAGUUCCAGAUCAGCCUGGAGCGCACUUUGAUACCCGGGGCAGAGGGCGGAAAGUAA